AUGUUUUUGGGGAAAGCUAUAAUCUGGAAGUGUUUGGAGUGGAGGGUAUUUGGGAGGGGGCUGAGGCAAGUCAGAUGCCUCAGCUCAGGGAGUCAGCUGGACCUGGGGGGUAUUUAUCCUCCGAUAGUUAGCCCGUUUGACCAGAAGGGCCGGCUGCUAUAUCAGCAAUUGGAGAACAAUGUCCAGGAGUUGAGCAAGAUUCCAUUCCGAGGGCUGGUUGUUCAGGGCUCCAAUGGAGAGUUUGUCUUCCUGACCAAUGAGGAACGUGUUGAAGUAGUUCGGCGGGUGAGGAAGGUACUGCCUGAGGAAAAGCUUCUGGUCGCUGGAUCAGGCUGUGAAUCCACAGAGGCCACCAUUGCAAUGACACUCAAGAUGGCUGAAGCAGGGGCGAAUGCUGUGAUGGUUAUCACUCCAUUUUACUAUCGGGGCAGAAUGAACAGUGCUGCUUUCAUCCAGCACUAUACGCAGGUAGCAGAUGCCUCACCUGUGCCUGUUGUGUUGUACAGUGUCCCUGGCAACACUGCACUGGAGCUUCCAAUGGAUGCAAUCCUCACACUAUCUCAACAUCCAAACAUCAUCGGGCUGAAGGAUAGUGGGAGCGAUAUCACAAGAGUCGCACUGAUUGUCCACAAAACCAGGAACCGGAAUUUCCAGGUGCUGGCUGGAUCAGCUGGAUUCCUGCUCUCUGCUUAUUCAGUAGGGGCUGUGGGUGGUGUGUGUGCGCUUGCCAAUGUCCUCGGAGAGCCUUUGUGCAGUCUGGAAAAGCUGUGCCUUGAGGGGAAGUGGGCAGAAGCCCGAGAACUUCAAUACAGGCUGAUUGAGCCAAACACAGCAAUCACGCAAAAGUAUGGCAUUGCAGCCCUCAAGGAGGCGAUGGGAUGGUUUGGAUAUUAUGGGGGAUUUUGUCGUUCUCCCCUGCUGCCUUUGACUGAGGCAGAGAGAAAGGACUUGCGGAACAGCUUCACAUCCAACGGCUGGCUCUGAACCUGUCCACAGCAAACUCCACGGAUCAUGUGCUUGAGAUGGAGUUGCUUUUCAAAGUCGUGUAAAGUUGAGUGCUGUUAAAUAAUUGGUUAAUCAGUUGCAUCUCAUCUUCCCUCCCCGCCACUCUGACCUUCAUCUGCAAAGUGGGGAACUGCCUCAUUGAAAUUUUGUUU